GCUCCUAGGCUUUUGGCUGAGACGAGAUUGGUGACUCGCCGGCUCCGGCUGGUGUGGGACAGACACCACGGCCAGAGUCCCUAGUGGAGACCAGGGACGCUGAGCUGCUUGCGUCCGGUCCUCGGGCCAAGCCAGCACUCUGCAAGAAAGGUGGGCAUCCCAGCCCUGGCCAGCGCCCAGCCUUGAUUUUUCGAAGGGUACCGUCAUGGCGUCCCAGCCGAAUUCCUCCGUGAAGAAGAAAGAGGAGAAGGGGAAGAACAUCCAGGUGGUGGUGAGAUGCAGACCAUUUAAUUUGGCAGAGCGGAAAGCUAGCGCCCAUUCUGUAGUAGAAUGUGAUCAUAUACGGAAAGAAGUUAGUGUACGAACUGGAGGAUUGGCCGACAAGAGCUCAAGGAAAACAUACACUUUUGACAUGGUUUUUGGAGCAUCUACUAAACAAAUUGACGUUUACCGAAGUGUUGUUUGUCCAAUUCUGGAUGAAGUUAUUAUGGGCUAUAAUUGCACUAUUUUUGCAUAUGGCCAAACUGGGACCGGAAAAACCUUUACAAUGGAAGGUGAAAGGUCACCUAACGAAGAGUAUACUUGGGAGGAGGAUCCUUUGGCUGGUAUAAUUCCACGUACUCUUCAUCAAAUUUUUGAGAAACUUACUGAUAAUGGUACUGAAUUUUCGGUGAAAGUGUCUCUGUUGGAAAUCUAUAAUGAAGAACUUUUUGAUCUCCUUAAUCCAUCUUCUGAUGUUUCUGAGAGACUACAAAUGUUUGAUGAUCCCCGCAACAAGAGGGGAGUGAUAAUCAAAGGUUUAGAAGAAAUUACUGUACACAACAAGGAUGAAGUUUACCAGAUUUUGGAGAAGGGAGCAGCAAAGAGGACAACUGCAGCAACUUUAAUGAAUGCAUAUUCUAGCCGUUCCCACUCAGUUUUCUCUGUUACAAUACAUAUGAAAGAAACUACAAUUGAUGGAGAGGAGCUUGUUAAAAUUGGAAAGCUGAACUUGGUUGAUCUUGCAGGAAGUGAAAAUAUUGGCCGUUCUGGAGCAGUUGACAAGAGAGCUCGGGAAGCUGGGAAUAUCAAUCAAUCCCUGUUGACUUUGGGUAGGGUUAUUACUGCUCUUGUGGAAAGAACACCUCAUGUUCCUUACCGAGAAUCUAAACUCACCAGAAUCCUCCAGGAUUCUCUUGGGGGACGUACAAGAACAUCUAUAAUUGCAACAAUUUCUCCUGCGUCUCUCAAUCUUGAGGAAACGCUGAGUACAUUGGAAUAUGCUCAUAGAGCAAAGAACAUAAUGAAUAAGCCUGAAGUGAACCAGAAACUAACAAAAAAAGCUCUUAUUAAGGAAUAUACAGAAGAGAUAGAGCGUCUGAAACGAGAUCUUGCUGCAGCCCGUGAAAAAAAUGGGGUGUACAUUUCUGAAGAAAAUUUUAGAGCCAUGAGUGGAAAACUAACUGUUCAAGAAGAGCAGAUUGUAGAAUUGAUUGAAAAAAUUGGUGCUGUUGAGGAGGAGCUAAGUAGGGUUACAGAAUUAUUCAUGGACAAUAAAAAUGAACUUGAGCAGUGUAAAUCUGACCUGCAAAAUAAGACACAGGAGCUUAAAACCACUCAAAAACAUUUACAAGAAACCAAAUUACAGCUUGUUGAAGAAGAAUAUGUCACAUCAGCUUUGGAAAGCACUGAGAAGAAACUUCAUGAUACUGCCAGCAGGUUGCUUAACACAGUUGAAGAAACUACAAAAGAUGUAUCUGGUCUCCAUAUCAAACUGGAUCGUAAGAAGGCGAUUGAUCAGCACAAUGCAGAAGCUCAGGAUGUUUUUGGCAAAAACCUAAAUAGUCUGUUUAAUAAUAUGAAAGAAUUAAUUAAGGAUGGCAGCUCAAAACAAAAGACCAUGCUGGAAGUUCACAAGACUUUGUUUGGUAACCUGCUGUCUUCCAGUGUGUCUGCAUUAGACACCAUUACUACAACAGCACUUGGAUCUCUCACGUCUAUUCCAGAAAAUGUGUCUACACAUGUUUCUCAGAUUUCUGAUAUGAUAUUAAAAGAACAGUCAUUAGCAGAAGAAAGUAAAACUGUACUUCAGACAUUGAUUACACCUUUCUUACAGGAGCUUUGCCAGUUAAUCAAUCUUUGGGGAGAGAGAUUCUGUGCUUUGGAGGAAAAGUGUGAAAAUAUCCAGAAACCACUUAAUAGUGUCCAGGAAAAUACAGAACAGAAAUCUAAGGAUUUAAUCAGCGAAACAACUUCUCACAGUACAAAAUUUUGUGCUGAUUUUGAUGACUUGUCACAGGAACUCAGACAAAUGAGCCAAGAAGGUACACAGUUGGUUGAAGAGUCUGCCAAACACUGUGAUAAACUCAAUAGCAACCUUGAAAUAACAUCUCAAGAGACUGAACAGAGAUGUGAGGCUCUGAACACAAGCACACUUUGUUUUGCUGAACAGUGGGUAUCUUGCUUAAAUAAAAGGAAAGAGGAAAUUCAGAACUUAUUGGAGGUUGUAUACCAAGAUUGUGAGGCUUCAAGUUCAGAGAUUACUGAAAAAUUAAGUGGACAUAAAGCAGCUAAUGAGAACCAGCGUAACAUUUUCCUUGAUCAGAUAAACAUUGAUGAAGAAAAAUUAAUGCAACAAAAUCUAGAACUUAAUGAAACCAUAAAAACUGGUUUGACUAAGCUUAAUUGCUUUCUACAACAGGAUCUGAAACUGGAUAUCCCAACAGGUACAACACCACAGAGGAAAAAUUACUUGUACCCAUCAACACUGGUGAGAACGGAACCACGUGAACAGCUCCUUGAUGAGUUGAAAAGGAAACAGCCUGAGCUGUUAAUGAUGCUAAGCUGUUCAGAAUACAACAAAGAAGACACCAGUCAGGACUCAGAUGAAGAAAAGGCAGUUAUGGAGCACACUGUCAACGAACCUCUGAGUCAAGAGCCAUCUGUAGAUACCAGUGUGGAUUGUUCAUCGAGCGGUGGGGUUCCCUUUUUCCAGCAUAAAAAGUCACAUGGAAAAGACAAAGAAAACAGAGGCAUUAAUCCAGUGGAGAGGUCUAAAGUGGAAGAAACUACAGAGCAAUCGGUUACAAAGACCAGAUUACCUCUACGAGCCCAGAUAAAUCUUUAGUGAACUUGAGGGUUGGUAAUUUUAUUUUUAAGAAAAAUGAAAAAUAAAGCCUGUAACCCCAGAACAUAAGCUUUGUGUACAGAUUAAUAACAAAUAGAAAAUAUUAAGGCAAUACUGUAAAUUGAGUUGAAUUUAAUAUGUCUACCCAUUUUUUUCUGUCAUCCCUGUAGUUUACUGAUAUUAAAUUGAGUUUCCUUUGGGAUUUGCAUUGAGUUAAUAGGUAUCUCUAGUUUUUGAUAAAAAUAGGUCUUUCAUAACAAGUGAAAAUAAUUUUCUUGUCUAUUACUAAAUAGUAAAUAUAUAGAAGCUGUACUAUUCUUCUAGGCUUGAAUUUAUAUAGGUAAAUAUCACCAAUGCUUGGUCUUGGGAAGGACCAUCUCCUUUCAUUUCUUGCUAUGACUGAAUUAUGUCUAUAUUUGCUUGCCUCCUUCCCUAGACUUUUCCAUUCUGCCUUCUCAGCUCACGUUCUCCCUUUUUAUUUGUCAACGAGCCAUUUGUAGAGCUACAAAAUGGUAUCCAUUCUUACUAUGAGCUAGCCAAAAUUUUACCUACAUGUCUUUAACACUUUUCUAUGGUUGUCUCUAAAAUUACUGUCAACAAUAAACAUAAUCCUAGAAGUUCCUUUCAAUAUCUUUAAUUUGUUUUCCCGUAGAUGUGAAAGCAUUUCAUUCCUUUAUGAGAACUCACACAUGAUCCCCUACAGAGUUCAUAAAAAGCCAGCUUCUCCAGAAUAUAGACUGAGGUUGUGGGAGAACUACCUCUGAUUAAUGGCUAUGUGACCCUAUUUUGAGGCCUGUGUCUUGUGCAGUGGUUUAGGGCUUUUUGAAGCUAUUAAUUAUGAGUAUAAUUUGUAUUCUUUUUUUUUAACCUGAUGAAACAUUUUAUUGUUCUUUGUAUAUAAUAAAAUAUAUAUAUGUAUAUUUUUUUCUAUUGAAAUCUUAACCUUUAGAAGGGCUCUUACAAGUUUGAUCUGGCAACUGGAUUUGUGGAAGUUGAGAUGUUUCAGCAUAAAGAACCAAAACAAGGAAUACAAUACUCACCCAUUAUCCAUGAUUUGCAUUUGUAGUUUCAGUUACCCACAGUUAACCACGGUCCAAAAAUAUUAA